CUUUUGUCAUAGACGGCAAUGGAGCUUCUCGAGGAAGACCUGACGUGUCCCAUUUGUUGUAGCUUGUUCGAUGAUCCUCGCGCGCUGCCCUGCUCGCACAACUUUUGUAAGAAAUGUUUGGAAGGGAUCCUGGAGGGAAACGCCCGAAAUGUGAUUUGGAGACAGUCUCUCUUCAAAUGUCCCACUUGCAGGAAGGAAACUACAGUGACGGGGGUCAACAGCCUGCAGGUCAAUUAUUCCCUCAAAGGUAUUGUGGAGAAAUAUAACAAAAUCAAAGGGACGACAAAAAUGCCGGUGUGUAAGGUGCACAGCGGCCAGCCUCUCAACAUUUUCUGCCAGACUGACACACAGUUGAUAUGCGGCAUCUGUGCCACUCGAGGGGAUCACAUAAAGCACGUGUUCUGCUCCAUCGAAGAUGCUUACUUUCAGGAGAAACGUGCUUUUGAGACACUGUUCCAGGGGUUUGAAAUAUGGCAUUGCGGGGAUGCGCUUUCCCGGCUGGACACACUGGAAACGAGUAAAAGGAAAGCCCUCCAGAUGUUGACCAAAGACUAUGACAGAGUCAAAGAGUUCUUUGAGAAAUUGCAAUACACGCUGGAGCAAAAGAAGAACGAGAUUUUGUCAGACUUCGAGACAAUGAAGCUCGCCGUCAUGCAGGCCUACGACCCGGAAAUCAACAAGCUGAACACUAUCAUACGAGAGCAACGGAUGGCUUUUAACAUCGCGGAAGCCUUUAAGGACGUCUCGGAGCCCAUUGUGUUCUUGCAGCAGAUGCAGGAGUUCCGAGAGAAGAUCAAAGUGAUCAAGGAGACCAGGUUGCCUUGUCCUACGGUGGACAUCAACUCCACCAUGAAAGGCUUCGACACCAGCCACUGGGAGCAAUUUAAGCUGGCGGAUGUGGACAAACUUGCUUUGCCUCAGGAGAAAACGGCUUCCAUUUCUCCGCUCUUCUCGUGGAAGUUUAUUGUUGCUGCUUUGCUUCUCUUGCUUCUCCUCGCUUCCACCAGGAUGUCCUUUAUGGACUCUCUAGGUGAGACCCUUCUGCACUGGAAAGGUCUGAUCUCCGCAUUUGGCUCAGGGUAUCUUGUAGACAUGGCAGAGAUAGCAGAUCAUGCUGUGUUGUACUGGGAGAAAAUGACUGACGGUGCUUCUGUUGUGAGUGAAAAAUGCGUAAACUACACGCUUGUGAUGUUGGGUAAUGUUGCUCAGUUUGUCUGCAAAUAUAAACUUCUGUAGCUGCCAGUAGCGCACACAAAACCUGAACUGAAAGAAGCAAUUGUCUUGGAAUAUUGUCUGUUUUGUUUAAACCCAAGUGCACUGGACGUGGAUAAACUGGAGCAGAUUUUUUUCAGACUAUCUUGGUUUUUCGGGUACAGAUGUGGCUUUCUGAGAGUCGUAUAUGGAAAUACUUAACAUAGGGGGGCUGACUUUUAAAGGGAAUGCAAGUCUACUGCCUUUUUUUGAGCUUGUUUUUGUAUGUGGAAUGCACAGUAGAUGUACAUAUAACAUGAAUGAUUGUGCACAGCAAAAUAACUACAACUUUUUAAUGAAAUGCAAUAAAACUGUUCAGUUAAUCUCAAA